CACAUUCUUUCAGGGCUUCAUCGCCGCUCUAUCCAUCUCUCGCACAACGCAGAUUCAUUUUCGCUUUUUUUCUUUCCCCUUCGCUGCGGAUUUCGAUCUUAUUCUGUUCCUCUCACGCAUUUGCUUCGUAUCGAUCUCCUUUUGCAGUUCCGUCAAUCCAACGCAAGACAAAACCCUAAUCCGCCAUGGGAAGGAAGAAGCCUUCGGCGAGGGACGACGAGAACGCCUCGCAGCCAGGCGCCGCCGGGAAAUCGAAGAAGAAGGCGCUGCUCAUCGACGACGACGAGUACGCCAUCGGAACGGAGCUCUCUGAGGAGCCGGCGCCGGAGGAGAAGCCUGCUGGGAAGAAGAAAGGUAAAAAAGGUAAUGCUAAAGCUAAGAAUAAUGAUAACGAUGAUGAUGAUGAUGAUGAUGUUGAGGUUAAUGAUGACGAGGAUGUGCCUGAGGUUGUGUUUGCUGGGAAGAAGAAGGGGAAAAAUAAGAAAGGUGGUGGGAGCAGUGGGUUCACUGCGUCUGGCUUUGGUUUGCUUGGUGAUGAGGAAGGUGAUGAAGAAGAGAAAUCUGAGUUAAUGGGUGAGGAGGAUGAGGAUGAGCCUGUGGUGAGUUUUUCGGGUAAGAAGAAGCCAUCGAAGAAAAGUGGUGGCAGUGUGUUCAGUGCAUCUGCUUUUGAUGCUAUUGAUGAUGGGGAGGCUGGUGAGGAGGAGGAGGAUGAGCCAGUGGUUAGUUUUUCUGGCAAGAAGAAGUCUUCCAAGAGUUCGAAGAAAGGCAGUGGCGGUGGCAGUUUGUUCACUGCCUCGGCUUUUGAUGCUAUUGAUGAUGAUGAGGAUGGUGAGGUUGUGGAUGAUAAGGAUGAGGAUGUUGAUGCUGAUGAGCCUGUUAUUACUUUCACGGGGAAGAAGAAGUCUUCCAAAGGGAGUAAGAAGGGUGGGUCUGUGUUUUCAGCUGCGGUUCUCGGUGAGAUUGAUGAUGGAGAGGAGAAUAAGGAUGAAAAGGAGGAUGGUGAUGAUGAUGACGACAUUGGACCAAUCACUUUCUCUGGUAAGAAAAAGAAGUCUUCAAGAAAGACUGUUAAUUCGGCUAGCAAAGGUGUUUCAGUCGAGGAUGAUGAGUCUGGUAAAGGUGGUGAUAACAAGGAUGAGGAUGACCUUUCUUUAGUUACGUUUUCUGGUAAAAAGAAGUCAUCUAAGAAGAAAGGCAGUGGUGCUGCUGCCAAAGGGAUUGAUGAAUUUGGGCUUGGGAGUGAAAAUGUGGAUGUAGUUGAGCCUGAGCAGCCCAGUGAUGCUGGCAACACCAAUGCAAAUAAGAGUGAAGGGUUUGCUGAAACUUCUAAAAAUAAGAAGAAGAAUAAGAAAAAGAGUGGAAGAACUGCUCAAGAGGAGGAGGAUCUGGACAAACUUCUUGCAGAGCUUGGUGAGGCCCUUCCUGUGCCAAAACCCACAGCUGUUGCACCGCAGGAUGAUAAAGUUCAGCCCACUCCUGAAGUAGGUCCUGUUGCUGAUGCCUCUGGGGAAAAGGAGGGUGAAGACGAGACUGUAGAGUCAGCUGCUGCAAAGAAGAAGAAGAAGAAGAAGGAAAAGGAAAAGGAGAAGAAGGCAGCUGCGGCCGCAGCAGCAGCAGCAGGAAGUGUGCCAGAAAAAGAAACAGCAGAGGUUAAAGCUGAGAUUAUUGAAUCAAAGAAGAAUGAGUCAAAGACUAAAGCGGCUGAUAAGAAAGUGCCAAAGCAUGUUAGGGAGAUGCAAGAGGCACUAGCUAGAAGAAAAGAGGCUGAAGAAAGGAAGAAAAGAGAAGAGGAGGAGAGGUUAAGGAAGGAGGAAGAGGAGCGACGAAAGCAAGAGGAACUUGAGAGACAGGCAGAGGAGGCUAGACGUAGAAAGAAGGAAAGAGAAAAGGAGAAACUCCAGAAGAAAAAGCAAGAAGGUAAACUGUUAUCUGGAAAGCAGAAGGAAGAAGCCCGGCGUUUGGAGGCAAUGAGGAGGCAGAUUCUCAAUAAUACAGGGGGUAUGACUCUCCCUUCUGGGGAGUCUGGUGCUCCGGCCAAAAAACCCAUAUAUCAGACAAAGAAAUUAAAACAAAAUCAACGGAAUCAGAAUGGUGCUGCUGCUCAGACAGCUGAAAGUGUUGAAGCAAGGGAAGCUACCACUGAUUUGGCCUCAGAGGAACCAGAAAAGAUUGAAGAAGUGGAGUCAGUGCAAGUGGAUGAGAAAGUUGAAGCUCCUGUAGCUGUUGAAGAGGCUGAAGCAGAAGAUGAUGAAGAGGAUGAAUGGGAUGCAAAAAGCUGGGAUGAUGUUAAUCUGAAUGCCAAAGGCGCAUUUGCUGAUGAAGAGGCUGACUCAGAGCCUGUACCUAUUGUCAAAAAGGAGAUUAAAAAUGCUUUACCUGCUCAGAAUGCUGGUGCUUCUAAUAAAACUGUUUCUAAGCCUGUGGAUGAAGAAGGUGAAAAUGGAAAGCAGGCUAAAGCAGUCACUAUGAACAAAAAUAACAACAGGGAACUACAAAAGUCUGCUGUGCCUCCUAAGCCUAAUGAUGAGAACCUCCGCUCCCCUAUUUGCUGUAUCAUGGGGCAUGUGGAUACUGGCAAAACUAAGCUGCUGGACUGUAUUCGAGGUACUAAUGUUCAGGAGGGUGAGGCUGGUGGUAUCACACAACAGAUUGGUGCAACAUACUUUACUGCUGAGAAUAUACGUGAUAGAACAAAGGAACUGAAAGCUGAUGCAAAGCUGAAAGUUCCUGGUCUACUGGUUAUUGAUACCCCAGGGCAUGAGUCAUUUACUAACUUGAGGUCUCGGGGUUCAGGUCUAUGUGAUAUUGCAAUUUUGGUUGUUGACAUUAUGCAUGGGUUAGAGCAACAAACAAUAGAAUCACUAAAUCUAUUAAAGAUGAGGAAUACAGAAUUCAUUGUUGCCUUGAAUAAGGUUGACAGGCUUUAUGGGUGGAAAACAUGUCGCAAUUCUCCAAUUGUUAAAGCAAUUAAGCAGCAGACUAAGGAUGUUCAAAAUGAGUUUAAUAUGAGGCUCACUCAGAUUAUUACUCAAUUCAAGGAACAGGGCCUGAAUACUGAGUUGUAUUAUAAAAACAAAGAAAUGGGAGAAACGUUCAGCAUUGUGCCUACAAGUGCAAUAAGUGGUGAAGGAAUUCCUGAUUUGUUAUUACUAUUGGUUCAAUGGACCCAAAAAACAAUGGUUGAGAAACUUACAUACAGUGAAGAAGUGCAGUGUACUGUUUUAGAGGUGAAGGUAGUUGAAGGCCAUGGAACUACUAUUGAUGUUGUUUUAGUUAAUGGUGUUCUUCAUGAAGGAGAACAAAUAGUCGUCUGUGGAAUGCAGGGGCCAAUUGUUACCACAAUUCGAGCUUUAUUAACACCUCAUCCAAUGAAGGAACUUCGUGUCAAGGGAACAUACCUUCAUCACAAAGAAAUCAAAGCUGCAAUGGGUAUAAAAAUCACCGCUCAGGGGCUUGAACAUGCCAUUGCUGGCACUGGUUUAUAUGUGGUGAAGCCUGAUGAUGACUUGGAAGAUGUUAAAGAAUCAGCCAUGGAGGAUAUGCGGUCAGUCAUGAGCAGGAUUGACAGGACUGGUGAAGGUGUUUGUGUACAGGCAUCUACCCUUGGCUCCUUGGAAGCAUUAUUGGAGUUUUUGAAAACCCCGGAAGUGAGCAUCCCUGUUAGUGGUAUAAGCAUAGGCCCUGUACAUAAAAAGGAUGUAAUGAAGGCCAGUGUAAUGCUUGAAAAGAAGCGAGAAUAUGCAGCUAUAUUGGCAUUUGAUGUCAAAGUUACUCCUGAGGCUAGGGAACUGGCAGAUGAAUUGGGUGUGAAGAUAUUCAUUGCUGAUAUCAUUUAUCAUCUGUUCGAUCAAUUUAAAGCUUAUAUUGACAACAUUAAGGAGGAGAAAAAGAGAGAAGCUGCUGAUGAGGCAGUCUUCCCAUCUGUUAUGAAAAUCUUACCAAAUUGCAUUUUCAACAAGAAGGACCCAAUUGUUUUGGGAGUUGAUAUCCUCGAAGGCAUCUUGAAGAUUGGGACUCCAAUAUGUAUUCCUUCCAGAGAGUUCAUUGAUAUUGGUCGCAUUGCGUCCAUUGAAAAUAACCAUAAACCCGUUGAUUAUGCAAAGAAGGGGCAGAAAGUAGCCAUUAAGAUUAUUGGCAGCAAUCCUGAAGAGCAACAAAAAAUGUUUGGGAGGCAUUUUGAGAUUGAUGAUGAACUUGUAAGCCAUAUUUCACGGAGAUCUAUUGAUAUACUCAAAACUAAUUACCGGGAUGAUCUAUCUAUGGAGGAAUGGAGGUUGGUUGUGAAAUUGAAGAAUCUUUUCAAGAUACAAUGAGGAGACUUGAGGCACUCGAGUAUUCAUUCGAGAAAAAUGAGGUUUUAGAGAAAUGUUUGGUUUUAUGCAACACUUCGAAGGAUUUGUUGAGGAUGCGAUUGGAUCCACCAUGGAGACCAGUAAAGCUGAUACGAUGAUUCAGAGAAGAUGGUGCUGUGUCAUGGAGAUGCAAAAAUAACUUACAUAGUCGAUGCUCCAAAUGCUCUGUUAGGUGGAAAAGCUCAGGACAAAAGGAUGCGAAAAUGGAAACUGGCAAGGUCCAAGUUUUGUGAAUUACUACCAUAUAUAUACAUAUCUGUGGUAUACAUGGAAGCAAAUAAGGGUUCUAAAUGCAUUUCAGUGAGGAAAAUCAAAAUUUUACGGGAGUAAUUAUUGAUUUAACUAUAAAGUAUUCACUUUUGUUUUCCGAGUGUACUAAUUUUGUACAAAAUUUUCCAUCUGUAGCCAAUUUUUUUUUUUGUUGCGAGUUAUGUAUCCUUUUGAUGUUCCUACCAAGUAUUUGGUUAUGGAAGCCGUUAGUAAUGGCAAAGUUUCAACUGAGCCACGUGGAGCCUAAAGUUAUUGUGUUUGAAUGUUUUGGCAUUCGCAGCUCCUUAUCCAUAACCCUAGUCUCUCUACUAGGGCAAUUUUCGAGUACAUCUAUGUUUUUCUAAAUGGUUAAAGUAGUUUGUGGUGAUUA